AUGGAAGGGAAAAUCUCUCCGCCAUUUGGAAAAUUUGGCCAGCAGCCUCCGGAAAGGGAAAAACUUUGUGGCAAAGAGGCUUUGAGCCGUGCCAGCGGGGUGCUGAGCGCUUUGCAUCGGGCAGUGGGUGAUGGCCACUGCUGUAACACAGCCCUCUGCUCACAGACCACGGCAUCGCCCAGCUCCCUCCAUGCCUCCGCAGCCAGCAGCAUCUUCAGCAUCCGGCCCCCCCAGCCUCGGGAGAACGUCCUUGGCAUCAGCUUCAAGCCCUACAGCCCCGAUUCCAUCCCAGCCCCGGUCCCGUGCACGGCCUGUGAGAGCACACGUAAGAUGAUAGUGGUUUGUGCCCCGCGUUCAGCCCAUUCCUGGUCUCUCCCGGAGAAGGGAUGGAAGGAGAAAAUGCAUCCGUGUGCUCGCUGCUCGCAUAGGGGUGGGGUUUCCUGGGGGUGUGAGGGGAGAGCGGCACAUGCUGAUGUCCAGGACAGGGUCUGGGUGCCUCGAGGAGGCUGUGCUCCUCCUGACUCAACCCCUGUCCCGCUGUCAGGAUCCUCCAUGUUCAGAGCUCCCUGCAUGAGCCAGCGGCGGCUCGCGCUCAUCUUCUGCGUCUCCGUCCUCAUCGUGCUGAUCGUCGCCCUCAUCCUGCUGUUUAUGUUCUGGCGGUCGCAGACCGGCAUCGUGUACAAGGAGCCCGCCGAGACCUGCAAGGACAACCCCGUGCGCUGUGACGGCGUGGUGGACUGCUCCCAGAGGAGCGACGAGCUGGGCUGCGUGCGGUUCAGCUCCGACCAGUCCUUGCUCCACGUUUACUCCAGCGCUGAGAGCCAGUGGCUGCCGGUGUGCAGCAGCACCUGGGACGAGUCCUUCUCUAGAAAGACCUGCCGGCAGCUGGGCUUCCAGAAUGCGUCACAGACAGACUACAUCCCCCUGCACGUCUCUGGCAAGAGCCUCACGGUGACGGAUGAGCGGGACACCAUCCAGCAGAGCCUCAACAGCUCCCAGUGUCUGACAGGGAAAUUCGUCUCCCUGCGGUGUACAAGUAAGCGGGCUGUCCAGCAAGGCAUGAGGACAAGGGCAGCCUGCGGGCAGAGGAUUUCAGGCCGAAUCAUUGGAGGGAAGGAAACCUCGGUGAGCAAAUGGCCCUGGCAGGUCAGCGUGCAGUACGGGCCCGUCCACAUCUGCGGUGGUACCAUCAUCGAUGCACAGUGGGUGCUCACCGCUGCUCACUGCUUCUUCAUGAACAGCAUGAAGAUCCUCGAUGACUGGAAAGUGUACGGCGGGGUGUCAGACCUCAAGCAGCCCAUGGAGGGCAUCCCCGUCUCCCAGGUCAUCAUCAACUCCAACUACAGCGAUGACCACGACGACUAUGACAUUGCUCUCAUGAAGCUCUCCCGGCCGCUGACGCUCUCAGCUCAGGUUCGACCAGCCUGCCUCCCCAUGCACGGUCAGCGGUUCCAGACGGGCAGGUCCUGCUUCAUCACUGGCUUUGGGAAGACCAGGGAGAACGAAGCUCUGCAGAAGGUGUGCGAGAAGCAGCAGCUUGCUCCCUCCUACAGCGGGGGGCCGAGGCUGGCCCUGCCCGACGGCUCCUCCUGCCUUGCAGAUAACACCUCCCCAAAGCUGAGGGAGGCAGAGGUCAAACUCAUCGACUACAAGAUCUGCAACAGUGACAAGGUGUACGAGGGCUACCUGACCCCGCGCAUGAUGUGCGCUGGGUACCUGCAGGGGGGGAAGGAUGCGUGCCAGGGGGACAGCGGGGGGCCCCUUGUGUGUGAGGACAACGGCCGCUGGUACGUGGCUGGUGUGACGAGCUGGGGGACGGGAUGCGGCCAGAAGAACAAGCCUGGGGUUUACACACGUGUGACGAAACUCCUCAGCUGGAUCUACAGCAAAAUGGAGAGCGAGAACAACUGAAGCCAGGCUGGAACCUGUGCAGCAGCACCGGCUGGCACCGGCUCCUCGCUCCCCCCUGCCACCAAGGCACGGUGUACCAGCUGCUGUCCCUGCUCCUCCGGGCUGCCCAUGCAAUUGGGGACCUGCAGCUGCCUGGACUGUGACAAUGCAGCACCUGCAGAGAACCUCUGUCCUGCUGAGGACAUGGAGAUGUCUCUGUCCGGGGCUCAGUCUGUGCUGGAUGUGCCCACUUGGAGCAGUCGUCUCAUCUGUGGCCCCUGGCCUGCAAACAGAGUUGCCAGGACCAUGUGUCCUUGAAUCGGGGCACAACCAGAAGAUGUGGGGCUGCUGCCCAUCCCUGCAGCUGGAAGCCAGGAGCAGAAAGCUGCAGGUGCCUGUGGUGAGUGAGCCCCUUCCUCUGCUCGCUGCGGGGACAGCCGAGCAAAGGGGAGCCCCAUGGGGCAGCUGAAGCACCUGCUGGGAGGAGGAACGGUGGUUGCUCUCACAUUUGCAUAUGGAUUUAGGAAGUGUCUUUUAAAUGAAGUGGUUCCCCAGCAGAGAAACACCCAUUUAUUUAUUUUUCUAUGCCCUGGAAGCAAUCAUUGCUGGGACUUUGUGCAGCCACUCUUAGCUCCCUGCCUGUCCUGGGCAGGGGUUGGGCAGCAAGCAGUGCAGGGCUGUUCUGCUCCUGGGGGCAGCAGGGCCAUUCUGUGACACGUGACAGAAGCCAGCAGCAGCUGAAGCUCAGGACAGAGCAAGAUAUAGAGUAGCACCCAGCCCCAUGCUAGCCCCAGCAUCUCCCAGCUCCAUGGCCAGUGCCAGGUGCCAGAUCUUUGUCUCAGUGCUGCACGCAGUCCAUAGAGGACACACAACUGCCCAUGUCUCAGAGCAGACAUGUCAGGGUGCGUGCAUGCUGGAUGGAGGCAGGCUGCUGCUCUGCUGAGGCUGUACCUCCAGCUGCAGGGGGCCCUGGUGCUCCUGGCUGCCCCACACUGUUCUCAAUAAAUGUUUCAGUAGUGCUCUGUGGAAAUGGUUCUUUGGGAGCUGCUGAGCCCCAGGAGCUGGGAGCCCUGUGAUGAGCAGAUGCCUCUGCAGCAUCCCCAGCUGUGGGGGCUGCAGCUCUUAGCCAGGGCUCAGCAGCACUCUCUGAAAUAGCCUGGAGCUGCCCUGCAUCCCCCCCAGAGCCCUGCCUCUCCUUCCUGGGCUGACCUCGAAUAGAGGGCUCAGUGCUGCAGCACUUCCCACAGAGCUCCCUGGCUGCUGUGCGUGCAGGUGUGCAGACAGGGCUCUCUCUGGGCUGGGUUGCCUGUUUCCUAACCCACAGCUCUGCUGGUGGGACUAGGGCAACACGUGGCCCUUUGUGCAGGGGAAGGCUCUGGAUAUUUCUGGAUGUUGCUCUCCCCAGCUGUGUGCAGGCAGCACCUGCAAAGCUGAGAUGCUGCCGUGAUGCACGCUGCUGCAGGCACCUUGCUGCUCCUCCUCACUUCCCAGAACCCACUGUAUGAAAAAGGCCAUGGUUUGCUAUUGAAUUUUGGGAUAGCAGCUCCAGUCUGGCUGUGUGUGUGCAGAAAGCACCCUCAGACCAAAGCUGUGGGCCAGAUGGUGUUCGGUGGCUGCUCUCUACAAUGUGAUCAGCUGCCUUUUGGGAAACACUGAGUCAGCCCGACCUCAAGGAGCUUUUCUAAGAAGCUUUACAGAAACCUCCCACGGCCGUGAGUCUCCUUCAGAGGGAGCGUGUGGGGGCCAAGGGAUGGUUUGGUUUCUCUUUACAAUGUCUCUGAGGCUCAGGAAGGGGAGGGACCUGCAGAACCCUGUGAUUUGGGUUCCCUGGGCUGGGCAGGGUGUGCACGGUGUGCGUGGAGCUGGAGCUGCUGCGUUGCAUCCAACAGCUGCUGUUUGGAUAGCACUGAAAACCACAGACAAAACCACAGCUAAAAACAGAGGCUGGGGAAAAAAAUGCACCUUUUUUGGUCUUUGCUGGCUGUGGGUUAUGGAAAGCAAUGGUUUUUCAUGACAGAUGAGAUGGGAUAGGAGUAGGGCCCCUGCAUGACUCCCCUGUUUUAUGCAGGCAAUUCAAUGGGUUCUGAGUUACAGACCCGGCAUGCAUUUGUACAGAGGCUCUCUGGGAUCUCUGUGUUCCUCAGAGUGUGCAGCCCAUAAUGUUUUAUUGCCACCUGAGAUGGCGUCCUGGAGAAACAGAUCUUUUGAAAAAGAAUAAAACAAAAAUUGGAGGCUAAUAAGGGCUGAUCUUUUUGGAACUGUAUUCCUGGUAAUGGGGCCAUUUCAGUGCGCAGAGGAACUGCACCUCUGCUGUGGAUUUCAUCUCCUCACAGGUUAUUGCUCUCCUGCUCUCUGAAAUAGCCUCUCAAAGCAGAGGAGUGAUUGCAGACCCUAAUACAAAUUUAAUUUAAUUCUUCUCAACCUGACAGCCAGUGGUCUCCCCGCCAAGCUCCAGAAAGCUGUGCUGUUUUUCCCCAAGGGCUGAAGUUUUCUAACCAGAUUAAAAGCGAUUAGUUUCUCAUGCAGCUGCCUGGCCGUGGCUUUUAUGCUCUGCUCUUCCCAGUGAAAACACAGCACAGAUGCAGCAGAUGCACAGCCUCACCUCCAGCACUGGGACACCUGAGCAAAGCAGUCCUGCUUCCAUUGCCCCCAGCUGGCACAGGGCAGUGGGUGAAGCAUUUCGUGCCCUGCUUUGGGAUGAUCCCAUUCACUUUGCUGUUUUUCUGGUAGCCCCCAGCUCUGCUGCUGCUGCCCCUGUGCUCUCAGCACUGUUUGCUCCUCUCUGUCUUCCAGCCCACAUCUGGCCAGGCUGCUUCCACAUUCCUCUGCACUCUGAAAAUCAUCCCCCAGGAAUGGAGAUUACAGAAAUGCAGUCUGACCGGCACCAUAUGAAUCACCACCCAAUUAGUGCUGUUUUUCCCAAACUCUCCUUUUAGAGCUCUCUGUUUAGUUGUGUCAAAAUGCAUUUGUUUAUACAGUUUCAGAGGUGAUGUUUCUCCUCAAAAAUGUUUUUCCCGUAGCUUUGGAUUGGUUCCCUCCCACAGUUGGCAUCAUCUCUUGGCACGGCAUCGCUGAACUUCAGCUUGGGCAAUACAGAGCUGCUGUUGAACACAGGCUUUGUCAGCUUUAAUGCAGCCUGCUGCCUCCUUGGUUCCUCCCAAGCACAAGGAAUGGCUUAGGCCCAACGAAAGAGGAUGUUACUGGGUUAAAGGCGGCCAUGUGGCUCUACACAGCCUUCCCCUUUUUUGCUGCUCAGCUCUCCAGUGGCCCUGAGCAGGAUCAGGAAGAGUUUGCAAAUGUUUUCAGGCUUGGUGUUAGCAAGCAGGGAGGUCUGAUGGCUCUGCUCUGAGCUUGGGGCGUGGACAGAACCCUCCCCGUCCUCCAGCACUGCCAGGCAGCUCCAGCCGUGUCCCAAUCCCCAGAAAACCGGGGUUAAGUUCACAGACCACAGCAAACUGCUUUGCUCUGAGGCUCCUGGGACGGGAUGCCUGCUCCCUGCCCAGAGCCUCAGCACAGCCAAAAUUAGCACAGGGCUGCUGGGAAAACACACACAGUGUGCAGGACUGUGGGGGCAAGGCAGGGAGCACUGCUGGGGAGCUGCAUUUUGGGCAGUGCUGCUCAGUGACAGCGCUUUGCAAGCAAGGAAAGUCUGAGCUCAUGGGGAAUGCGUGGCACUGAGGCCCCAUUGUAUGCUGUUAAAUCGAAGGCCAGCUGUGUGCAGGGCUCCCAGCUGCUCUGCUGCCCCUUCCCACAGCUCCCACGUCUGUCCCGGGCUGCUGACCCAUGUUGCAUCACAGAUGAAGCAUCAGUGCCGUCACUCGGAGCAUCGUCUGCAUGAGAUGGAGAAAUGGCCAAAACCCCGAACAGGAUCUUCAAUCAGAGGGGAAAGUUCAAGAGACCAAGUGGCUCCUUCCUGCUGGCUGGGAGGACGCCCACUUGUGCUGCUCCCUUCCGAUGUUGCCUGCUGAGGUGAAGUCAUGUCCUUGUGGAGCUGCUGACACUGCUCUGCUGACUCCAACAGCAUGAGGAGCUCAGCUCAGCCCUGCCCCCUCGUUACCAUAAAUCAGCAUAGCCUGCCGUGCACUGACAAAAGGGUCGACCCCAAAGAAGUCGUUGCUCCCCAAGGCUCCCUCCUGCUCUGUGAGCACUCUUGCUGCUGCAGCCAGAGGAGCUGCUCAUGUGCACAAUGUGCUCUCACGUCACCUGAGUUUAGGCAGCAGAAAGCCUGUGGUGCCAAUUUUUAACUGUGCUCAUCUUGGGCAAUGCUUUGAGUAUUUCUGGAAUAAAGGAACACAACGAAGGAGAAAGUGCAGAAGCCCAAUGUUGUGGGAGCUGCAGCCUGCCUGCAUCUCUCACCUGAUGCAAACUCCUCUACAGAUACCCACCAGCCUCAGUGCAGCCCCCGGGCACAGUCAUGGCAUCAAAAUAUUUCACUGUGUGCAAAGGAUAACAGUUGAGGGCUGCGGAAAGUCAGAGGAGCCCCAAACCUGAUUAUGGCUGCUUGGUUCCUGCCUCACUUACCACGGUGUGAUGGAGAGAGCCUUAUCAUGUUAUCCCAAUGCAUUAGGAGAUGUGACGUCGUCCAGCUUCUCUGUGUCAGCCUCUAUCUCUUGACCCUCCUUUGUAAUUGCCUUGAAAUGCUGGGGCUGCUUUUAUAUUUUACUGGAAACUGGAAAAUUAAUGCAAAGUGGAAUAUGUGCCAUUACUGUCUGUAAGGCUGAUAUCUAUCCAAGAUGCAUUUGAGUUAUCAGGGGAUGAACCACGUCAGCGUUGAUAGCGCCGCCGAGGUGUUUUGCCACGAGGAAAUGGCUCUCCAGGGCAGCAGCAGCAGGAGCGGAGCAGACACGGACGUGCCAGCAGCCCAGCGAUGCCAGCAUCCCGCCCGCGCCUCCCAUCCCAUUCCCGCAGCGGGGAGAGAAAGCAAAGCCUCCGCGCUCCUUUCACGCCCACCCCCCGCGCACAGCCCCGCGGGACCCCCGCCCCAAAGCGCUCGGCCGCUCCGUCCCCGCUCGCAGCCCGGCCCUUGGCGGUGCUCCCGGAGGGGUGGGGGCCGAUUCUUCGCAGCCCCCGCCCCGGGCUCCCCCCGCCGCCGCCCCUCCCGACGGCAGGCACCGCCCGCCCGG